AUGGCCACUACUUUACCUCUUGUUCUCAUUCUUCUCACUCUCAUUCCCCUCCUAACUCAAGCCCAAAAAGCACCCGCACCAGCACCUUCCGGCCCAAUCAACAUCACCGAAAUCCUCGAUCAAGGUAGCCAAUUCACCUUCCUCAUUCGUCUCCUCAAUGAAACUCAACAACUCAAUCAAAUUCAAUCCCAACUCAACUCAACUUCACAAGGCUUCACUAUCUUCGCCCCAACCGACAACGCCUUCCAGAAUCUUCCAUCAGGAGCGAUCAACAAUCUCUCUGACGAACAAAAAGUUCAACUCAUUCUCUACCAUGUGACACCAAAAUACUACACUCUAUCCGAUUUUUUAACCGUUAGUAACCCGGUUAGAACACAAGCUUCUGAUAAAGAUGGACCAUGGGGUCUUCACUUCACUUCACAAGGUAACCAAGUUAAUGUUUCCUCUGGAGUUGUUAGUGAACCUAUUAACAACUCUUUGAGACAGAAGUUUCCUUUGGCUGUUUAUCAAUUGGACAAGGUUUUGUUACCUACCGAGCUUUUCGGUCCUAAGCCUCCAGCUUCUUCUCCGGCUCCUAAGUCGUCGAAAACUCCUUCUAAAACUCCAAGCAGCGCCGCCGUUGAAGGUGAUGCUCCGGCUCCGGCGUCUAGCAAGAAGGAUGAUAGUGCGGCUGGAAGGAAUGGUGGGUUUGGAUUUGUUGUUGGGUUUGGUUUGAUUUGCAUGGCAGUUCUUACUUGA